CUGAGUCCGGUUCGUGCUUCUCUCUAACAUUUGCUUUGGGGAUUGUUUCUGUAACUCUGUUGUUGAUCCAACAGAAAAAGCGUACAGAGAAAGAAAGAGAAACAGAAAUUGGACUUAGUUUGAAAUUGGCGUCAUCUUAGAGACUAAUCGAUUUCGUCUAUACUUUCUCAUCGAAAUCUUUUGAUUUGCUUUAUUGUUGGAUUCGAUAAGUGGUAAUAGAUGGGGAAUUUGUUCGUGAAGAAACCACAGAUCACGGAGGUUGAUCGAGCGAUUCUCUCUCUUAAAACCCAGAGGCGCAAGCUCGGUCAAUAUCAACAGCAGCUUGAUAAAGUUAUCGAAGCUGAAAAGCAAGCUGCAAGAAACUUAAUCCGAGAAAAUCGAAAGGACAGGGCUUUGUUAGCAUUGAGGAAGAAACGGACGCAGGAAGAGCUGUUGAAGCAAGUAGAUCAAUGGGUCAUCAAUGUUGAACAACAAUUGGCAGAUAUUGAACUUACGAGCAAACAAAAAGCAGUUUUUGAGAGCUUAAAGCAGGGUAGCAGUGCUAUUAAAGCGAUUCAAAGUGAGGUGGAUCUUGAUGAUGUUCAAAAACUUAUGGAUGAUACCGCUGAUGCUAAAGCGUAUCAAGAUGAGCUGAAUGCUAUAUUGGGAGAGAAACUAUCAGCAGAGGAUGAAGAAGAGAUAUUAGCAGAAUUUGACAACCUAGAAAGCCAGCUUAUUGUUGAUGAGAUGCCUGAAGUGCGGACAACGGAGUCUCAAAAAUCUGAGAAGCUGGAUCUUCCGGAUGUGCCAACACAUACACCCGUCGCUUCCAAUGCGGAAAUCACACCAGCUGAAUCCGCCGACAAGAGAAAAGUUCUCGAAGAACCUUUGCCAGCUUGAGGUAGAAGAAACUGAUCAACACAGCGACUUUUAUCAUUCUUUUAGCACCUUUUUCUUUGAUGCUCUUGAUGUUUUCUGUAUAAUCUUGAAGUCUCUGUCAUUUGUAAAGAACAAAAUAUUUCUGGAAUCCAAUUGUAUGUUCGUCGAAAAUCC